AUGUCAUCCAACGGCAGAGACAGGCCCCAUGCCGACCCUCCGGCAGACUACAGCGCGUACGGCUACGCCGAUGACCCGGACCGAGACAACGACCACAGCUACCACGACAGAGACGAUCCAUCCUCAUCCCGCAUCUCGUCCUCCCGUCAGGGCGACCUGGCCUACCGCCGGGACCGUGGAUUGUACCGCGACUAUGACGACCCUCGCUUCGACGACGACGACCGCUACCGCCACGCACGUGCCGCCCACCACCGCAGCGCCGUGCCGUUCCAGGAUGAUCGCCGGCCCCAUUCCCGACCGCUCGCGCCCGCCAAGGUGCGGGACGGCUCGCCCGGAGAUUCGCCGCCUCCGGACGAGGACUUGCUCGCCUACCUCCGUUCCCAGCAGGACGCAGCUGCCUCUUCGUCGUCCAAGCUGGAUCCAGACGUCGAAAGGCUCAAGCUCGAGCGCUUCCAGCAGGGCGCUUCCGCCAAGAAGUCGAGGUACCAGCGGGAAAAGGAAGAGGCAGAAAGGAAAAAGAAGCAAGGCGAAGAAGACGCGGCAAAGGCCUACAAAGACUUCCUCGUGGCCAUGGAGGGUCACGACGACGGGCACGGCGGCGACGCAGCGGCAGCAGCAGGCGGCCAACGGACCAAGCCGCGCGGGUUCGUCAGUGCAGGAGGCCAGGCCGUUUAUCAGGGAUCCCGCCCGGCCCCACCGCCGAGGGCGGCUGCGUCCAAGAAGCCGUCUCUGGCCGACUUUGGCGAUGAGCCCGAAGACGAAGCGCAGGUCGAGAAGCCGAAGCGGGAGCCGCCGGGCAAGAAGAAGCGGGCCAUGGACGACUUUCUCGGGGAGCUGCAGAGAGACCAAGCCGACCGGGAAAAGCGCCUGCGCGCCAAGGUCGGAGAGGGAGGCUCGAUCUCGUCGCUGCUCGCUCUCGAGGGCCAAUACGUCGGCUCGCGCCACCUGGGCGAUCCGAUGACGACCAAUGUCUGCGUCAUGAACCUGCCAGCCAACGUCAGCGAGGACUCGUUGGGCGAGUUCUUUGCUCAGUGGGGCGAUGUCGGCACGGUCAAGAUCAUGUGGCCGCGCGGUGACGAGGCUUUUGGCGGUGCAGGUGCCGGCAUCACGAACCUGCGCAAGGAUCGCUCGGCCGGCCUCACUGGCUUUGUGGCCUACAUGAGCCGCCAGGACGCCGAGUACGCGAUCAAAGAGACCGAUGGCAUCCGAUGGGGUGGCUCGCUGCUCAAGACCGGGUGGAGCAAGGCGAUGCCGCUGCCCCCUCGCGCGCAGUACAAAGCAGCUGCUCCGGCCUCGUCUGCUCGACACGCACUCGCUCCCACCGACGGCCCGCCACACCUGCGCGCCCAGGGGCCCAGCGGACCCAAGGGCGGGUCGCGGAUUGUCGUCAAGCCGCGCAGGCCAGCCCGUACCGACCGCUCUCCCUCGCCGCGGAGCGUCGUGAGGACUGCCCUCGACGACCAGGAGAGCCUGCGCCGACGCAUCGAGACCGUCGCCGCUCGUGUCAAGGAAGGCGGGCAGCGGCUCGAGGACAGCAUCCGCGAGAAUGUCCAGAGAGACCCGACCUACGCCUUUGUCUGCGAUGGCGAGUCGAACGCGCACCACUACUAUCGCAUGUGCCUGGAUUCUCACUACCAGCCGGACCUGCCCGCCCGGCCAUUCACUGACGAGGGCUACGACUCGCUCUAUUCGACCGACACGGGUGAAGAGUCCGAGGACGAACGGAUGCGACGGCUCCGGCGGGGCACGACGCUCGGGCCCCUGGCGCGGCGGCGCUUCGAGGCCAUGCUGCGUGGUCUGACGCCGCGCCGCGAGAGGAUCGCCAAAGUCACCGCGUUUGCCAUCGAGCACGCCUCGGCCGCCGACUCGAUUGCGACGACGCUCUGCGCCUCAUUGCUGGUCGGCUCGACGCCGGUGCCGCGCAAGAUGGCCCGGCUGCACGCCAUCUCGGACAUUCUGCACAACUCGGCGGCACCGGUGCCCAACGCCUGGAAGUACCGCUCGAUGUUCGAGGUGCGGCUGCCCGCCGUCUUCCGACACUUGCGGCAGGUGCGACUGUCGUUCCCAGGCAGGAUGAAGCAGGAGGGGUUCAGGCGACAGGUCGAAAUGGUGCUCGAGGUGUGGGAGGACUGGCUCGUCUUCCCCAGCGAGAGCCUUGAGAGGCUGCGGACGGAGUUUGAGCACGGCGGCGCGGAAGAGGCCGUCGUCGGCGAGGCGGAUCGGGGGAAAGCGGCAGGGAUGCCGGCCGAAGAGGUGGACCUGGACGGCGAGGAUCUGGACGGCGAGGCGAUGCCCGGUGCGGACAAGGGCACGGCCGUCGACGAAGAGGAUCUCGACGGCGAGGCAAUGUGA